AUGUUCGCUUUAAAGUCGCUGUCGUCUUACCUCUUCGGCCAGACCAACAAGCAGAACAUCGUCGAGCUCAACCAGGGCCAGCUGUACAUCGUCCGCCCACAAAGCCCCAAAGGCUACAGCGAGCUCAUCUUCAAGGACGCCGCCGCGUUCAUUCGAAAGACCGGUCAGGACUUCCAGUACCAGCUCGUCAUCCAGCGCGCAUACGAGGAGGGCGAGGAAGAGCUUUUGGAAGAGGAGAGCGGAGAAGAAGGUGUUAUCGAUACGCUCGGUGACAAGGACGAGAAGACAUUCUUGCUUGACGAAGAGCUGCGCAUUCGAGUGGAGAGGAAGCGAGACGGCGAGGUUGUGAUCGCGUGGAAGGAUCUCUCAGGCGACGAAGGCGACCUGUUCGAGUUCGUUUGCGACGGAUCGGUCAGACCAGAGAGUGCGACAGCGUUCGAUCUGGUCGCAAAGCAGUGUCAGUACGAACGGAAAUAUCGCAGAAGCCACGAGCAGGCCACCGAGCGGGAUCUUAAGGAGUUUGCGUUCGACGACGAGCCGGAGAUCCCUGCUGCGAGCCCCCUCUCCAGCCAACCUUCGCGCUCACCUGCAAUCUCACCCAUCGCGCGCUCACUGAACGACUUGAGAGAAGACAGCCCCAGCAUGGCGCGAGACUCGUCCAAGAAGGCGCUUGUCCCGCAGUCCAGGACACUGGACCAGACGCCGACCAAAGCGCCUGCACCGCGCCAAGCUCCAGAAAGCAAGGAAGUGCUGGCUAGCGAGGAGGCCGAGCUUCACUUGUUCGACUUCCAGUCAGGCACGUUCAUUCUUCAAGAUCAAGAUGUCCAGGCCAUUGUCUACGAGACGGGAAACUGGACAUACUGGCUACAGAUCACAGGCAACAAGCAGCAGUGGCUUGGUCAAGAGGUGGUCCCAGACAUCAAUCCGGUCUUCAACUUCGAAUACCUCAGCUUCAUCUUCAAUCACUACGCUGAAGAUGGAUCGGCAUACUCCUGGCUCCUCAAGUUCAAGGAUCGCGAGACGGAAGAGAAGUUUCAAGAGGGCUUGAUGCAGGCACUGUGGGAACAUCUGAACCAUGCCAAAUGGCGCAAGGCCGUCCAAGAUGCCGACAGAGACUAUGUUCUCGACUCCUUCAACGAUCUCGUACUGGAAGAUGAGAAAGACGAUGAGCGGGAGCGCGAGGCCGCUGAAGAGGACGAAGAGGAAGACGAGUUUGAAGAUGCGGUCGAUCGAGCAGCCACACCAGACUUUGACGAGGACGAAGACGAGGAUGAGGCAGAGCACCUUGGCGACGACGGCAAAGUCAAUAAGCUGCUUGCCGUUGGAGCAAAGAUUGAUCGAUCAUUUGUCGUCCGUGGAGAUAAGAUUGGUGUGUUCAAGCACACUCCUGACAAUCAGCUCGAAUUCAGCACUGCCAUCAACAAGAUCGCAACACCCAAGGGCAAGAGCUUUGCACCAUCGAAGGUCAUGCUGCACAUGUCGGAUCGCAACUUGAUAAUGCAGAACGAAGCGGAUCCCACCAGUCUUCACCGGUUGGACCUCGAGACUGGAAAGGUUGUGGACGAGUGGAAAGUCCACGAUGACAUCCCCGCCAACAUCUUCGCGCCUGAGAACAAGUUUGCUCAGACGACUGAUGAGCAGACAUUCCUCGGUCUUUCGAAGAACGCUUUGUACCGAGUUGAUCCACGUCGGAGUGGGAACAAACUCGUCGACGGCGAGCUCAAGCAGUACGUCAGCAAGAACGACUUUUCUGCCGCCGCCACGACCGAGAAGGGUUACAUUGCUGUUGCUUCGAACAAGGGAGACAUUCGCAUGUUUGACCGCCUCGGAAUCAACGCAAAGACUGCCCUUCCUGCCCUGGGAGAUCCCAUCAUCGGCCUCGACGUUAGCGCAGACGGAUGCUGGGUGCUGGCAACAACUCGUACCUACCUUCUCCUCAUCGACGCCUUGCAGAAAGAGGGCAAGAAUGAAGGCAAACUCGGCUUCGAAAAAGCUUUCGCAAAAGACAGCAAGCCCCAGCCACGUCGUCUUGCUCUCACUCCCUCGCACGUCGCCCAGUUCCAGCACGAGACGGGCGCUCCUAUCUCCUUCACCCCAGCGCGCUUCAACACAGGCGAAGAUCAAGAAGAGACCACCAUCAUCACCGCCACGGGUCCUUUCAUCGCGACCUGGUCCCUCAAGAAAGUCCUCGCCGGCCGCAAGGACCCCUACCACAUCAAGCGGUACCAAGAAGAAGUCAAAGCCGACAACUUCCGUUUCGGCAGCGACAAGAACAUCGUCGUCGCCCUCCCCAACGAAGUCGACAUGGUGGCCAAGCGAGCUCUGCAGCGUCCCACGCGCGAGAGCAUCAUGGCGACGCCGAAGCGUAGCAAAGCCAGAGGCAGCUAUCUCAGUAGAAACGAGAUCGUGAACUCUCCCUAUUAA